AUGGAUUACUCCUCCACACCAGGAUCGACAUCGCUCCACGUCCCAGACGCUGUCGCGACCGCGGCGGCAAACACGCUGUGGCUGGCCGAGAAAACUAGAGAUCUUCUACAGCGAGCACCAGGUUCAGCUGUCGUUGUCCGCUAUGUUCGCUCUUCCUACCAGAACGACCCAGUUCGGAGCGUCGUCGAACUCCUGUUGUUCUUGCUAGCUGUGCGCUACGUACUGGCACCUCAGUACAGUCCGCGCAAAAAAGGCAACCACGUAGAAUUAAGCGAGAAGGAGAUCGAUGAGCUGGUUGACGAAUGGAUCCCUGAGCCUCUUACCGAAGAGCAGCCGGAACUUGUCCAACUGGGCGAGAACCUACCUGUUCUACACCGAGACGCACCAUCAGGGCCUAAGACUAAGCUCCGCGAUGGCCGAACUGUCACCAAUCUCGCUAACUACAACCACUACAACUUCUCGAACGAUCAGCAACUCGUGGAAUAUGCUGUUUCCACCAUCAAAACCUAUGGUGUCGGCCCUUGCUCUGCUCCUGGAUUUAUCGGAACAUUCGACGUUCACUUGAAGCUCGAGAAAGACAUUGCCGCCCACUUUGGGACCGAAGACGCCAUCAUCUACUCGCAGAGCUUCUCCACAAUCAGCAGUGUGAUCUCCGCCUUCUGCAAGAGGGGUGAUAUCAUUGUGGCAGAUCGUGCUGUCAACUUUCCUAUACGCAAAGGCAUUCAAGCAUCGAGGAGCAUCGUGAGGUGGUUCGAGCACAAUGACAUGGACGAUCUCGAGCGGGUGCUGGCAAAGCUUGUCAGUGAGAAGAGACCGUUGACACGCAGAUUCAUCAUCACCGAAGCCCUCUCUGAAAACGUUGGCGACAUGGUCAAUUUGCCUAGAUUGCUUGAGCUCAAACACAAGUACAAGUUCCGCAUCGUUCUCGAUGAAACAUGGUCCUAUGGAAUAUUGGGCCAAACAGGUAGAGGCGUAACCGAACUUCAGAACGUGGAUGCCGCCAACAUCGACAUCAUCGUUGGAAGCUUGGCGGGUGGUAUAGCAAGCGGCGGUGGCUUCAGCACUGGAUACCAGAUCAUGGUCGAGCACCAGCGGUUGAACUCACCUGCAGUGACCUUCUCGGCCUCUUUGCCUACAUUCUUGACCACCACAGCUUCGGCGGUGAUUGACAGACUACAAUCGAGUGAUGGUGCGAGAGAUCUGAAGACUCUACGAGAGCGCAUUGAUUCCCUGCGUGUUCAGCUAGACCGCAGUGACUGGGUGACUUGCACAAGCGCGCCGGAGAACCCAGUCCUGCAUUUGACACUGAAGGAUCAACCCAUCAGGAAUCGCCGUCUGACACGUUCUGAACAAGAGUUCCUGCUACAAGAAUGUGUGGAUGAGUGCCUAAACAACCACUCCAUCCUGAUCACUCGCCUGAAGAACAUGCCUCUCAUGGAAGGACUGCACCCGCGAGAUGUGGAGAAGGAAUUUCAACCAUAG